AUGGCUGCCGAGAGUCUGCCAGAGCUCCGUGAUUGGCUCUUCCUGCUGCUCCUGUGCCUGACUCUACUGGCUGAGAUGCUGGAGUUGGCGGCGGCAGCAGUUGCCAUGGAGGAGGGCGAGGAAGACUUCCUGUGCCCGUCGGUGUGCCGGUGUGACGAAGGCUUUGUCUACUGUAACGACCGGAGCCUGAGCAUGAUCCCUCCUCUACCGUUAACAGCUACUGUUCUCUACCUACAGAGCAACCGGUUGGCCAACUCCGGCCUGCCGCCAUCGUUAGAGCGCAGCAGUAGCAUCCGUGUGGUUUACCUUUACGCCAACCAACUAGACGAGUUUCCUAUACACCUGCCGCCGUCGCUACGGGAACUACACCUGCAGGACAACAACAUUCGGACGUUGCCGCGCACGGUGUUGGCCAGGUUACCGUUGCUAGAGAGGCUACACCUGGACGACAACUCCAUCUCCAUGGUGAGCAUUCAGGAGCGGGCCUUCUCCGGCACGCCGCGGCUGAGGUUACUCUUCCUCUCCCGGAACCACCUGUCCAGCAUCCCAGCCGGCCUCCCGGCUUCUUUAGAGGAGCUGAGGUUAGACGACAACCGCAUCAACACCAUCCCCACCCACGCCUUCCGGGGCCUGGCCUCACUGAGACGCCUGGUCCUGGACGGGAAUCUCCUGGCCAACACCCGCAUCGCCGACGACACCUUCUCCCGCCUGGCCAACCUCACGGAGCUGUCGCUGGUCCGCAAUGCCCUGCAGGCCCCGCCCAUCAACCUUCCCAGCACACACUUGCUAAGGCUGCACCUGCAGGACAACGGGCUGAUCCACAUGCCCCGGGGGACCCUGGACGGGAUGAGGAGGCUGCAGAGGCUGGACCUGUCAGGGAACAACCUGACCACUCUACCCCGGGGGCUGCUGAGGGACACGGACGGCCUGGAGCUGUUGCUGCUCCGGGGGAACCCCUGGUACUGUGGCUGCAACCUCCACUGGCUCCACGCCUGGCUGUAUGGCCGAGGGGCAGCAGUGACAGUACGGGGCCUGACCUGCCAUGGGCCGGAGGGGGUUCGAGGCCAGGCCCUCAGGGACCUCUCUGGGCUCAUGGACCAGUGUGAAGGCCCACCAGGAGGGGUGAACACUGUCUCUAGUACUACCACCACCUCCCCCCCCAGCCAGGGCUCUAUGUUUACCCUCAGGGCCAUGCGGCCAGGCCUGGUGAUGCCACCGGGAGGAGGAGAGGUGGGGGGGCAGGCCUCACACAAUGCCCUAGAACUCACGGUGAAGCCCCUGUCUGCGGACAGCGUGCAGGUGACGUGGCUGUGCCCACAGCCAGCGCCCUCCUUCCGGCUGUCGUGGCUGAGGCUGGGCAGCAGCGCCGCUCUGGGUUCCAUCACAGAGACGCUGGUCCCCGGGGAGAGACAGCAGUACCUACUGACCCAGCUCACGCCACGAUCACACUACCUCAUCUGCCUGCUCCCCCUGCGCUCCACCUCCUCCCACUCUGGAGGGUCACAGAGAGGACAGCAGCAGGAAAAGGACACAACAGACCAGACCCCCGUCUGCGCUCAGAUAGAGACGGGGGAGGCUCUGCGCCCCGAGGGGGGAGACGGGGGUGAGGACUCAGACACAGAGAUGGCAGCCCUCCCCCUGGCCGAGAUCAUUGGCGGAGCCACGGCCCUGGUCUCCCUCAUACUCAUCUUCGGCAUCUUCUGCUGGUACGGCCAGCGCGCCGGGUAUGUCUCUGGGGAAACAGACUCCUAUGGGGUCCGAGGACAGCGCGGGGUCGGAAUGGGGAAGCCAUACGAUGACUACGUGGAGUCGGGCACUAAGAAGGACACCUCCAUCCUGGAGAUCAGGAGCCCCGGCUUGGCUAUGAUGCCCAUGAUGACCCAUCAGCCCUUGCAACCCAAAGGAGGGGAAGAUGUGACCUACGUGCACACCAUCUUCCCCUCAACGCACGGUAACGGCACCUACCGGAGCAACCAGAGUCACAACGGCAUCAUCACCCAACUGGGUCACACGGCGGGCUACGGGACCAACCGGGGUUACCGGGAGCAAGGGAUGAUCCCAGAUAUAGACUACACCUACACGUGAUGACAUCAUCUAAGACACACUUCUCCCACCCCCACCGUUUGGACGCUGUUCUAAGGAUACAGUUCUAGCAGACGGUUGGUUGGUUGGUUGGUUGGUUGGUCUUCUUGGUUCCAAAGUAUCCUCUGUGCCUCCUCAGUUCUGCUCUGAAUCUUAUUGGUCUGUUACUUAGCUGACUGGCUUGGGG